ACGGGGCCACAUGGCCAGUAGAGCCAUGCUCACUUUUAUCGCCGCCAGCAUGGCAGGGGUGCGAGUGGGAGCAUGGCAGAUGCCGAACUUAGGAUCUAUGGCUACCCAACAAGCUCUCAGGUGCAGACUUGAACAUGCAGGAUCGUUGCGCCCCCUUAUCAACUCCAAGAUGUAUGCUAGAGUCCUACCUCAGCCGACGCCAAAACUUCUUCCUACGAUCCGCUCAUCUUGUGUUGUAAGGAUGAUGAGCAGCUCCACAAAGAUGCAGUACGACCAAGAGCAGCUGAGACUGCUAGACUCUGACGAGUGCAUCAUUGUGAAUGACAAGGACGAGGUUCUUGGGCAUGGCUCAAAGAAGUACUGUCAUUUGAUGGAAAACAUCUCUGCAGGCAAAGCUCUUCACCGUGCAUUCAGUAUCUUUCUAUUCAAUGGCAGAGGCGAGCUACUACUUCAGAAACGAUCCAGUGAUAAGAUUCUCUUUCCGAAUCGCUGGACCAACACGUGUUGCAGCCAUCCCUUGUACAACAGUGAGGAGAUGGAUGAUCCUGCUACUGCUGAUGCCAAGGGCGUAAAGCAAGCAGCUGUACGGAAGCUUGAGCACGAGCUUGGGAUCAGACAGGGGCAAGUGAAAAAGGAGGACCUGUCCUACCUGACUAGAAUCGUUUACAAGGCAGCAGUAGGGGAAGAUGACAAAUGGGGAGAGCAUGAGGUGGACUACAUCUUGGUUGCAAAGGCUGAUGUUGAAUGCGUCUUGAAUCCAAACGAAGUGUCCGAGAUCAAGUAUCUCAACAAGGCAGAGCUGAACGCGCUUCUAGACGCUGAAGAUAAAGGAGAAAUCAUGCUGUCACCCUGGUUCAAAGCCAUCGCACAAAGGUGGCUACCUGUCUGGUGGGAUGCUGUGCUCAAGGAUGAGGUAGAGAAGGUUAAAGACGUCGAGACGAUCCAUAUCUUAAGUUGAGCUUGAGCUGCUGCAGCUUUGAUGUAAUUUAUUUGAUGAAAAUCAAACAGCAGAAAUUUC